AUGCGGUUACCAAUCAGCCGCAUUUUUCUUGGGUUAUGGAUCUUGACUUGUUCGAUACCAAUUGGUCUAGCAGCCCAAACUCAUGAUCGGCACGAACAUGUCAGCGAAACAUCCAAAGAACCAUUUGAGUUCAUGGACACCAUGGAUGCUGAAACAAACAUUACCGCCGCCAUUGCGCCUGUUCCACAUCCAGAGCCUGAACCAGCACCAAUAGCUGAGCCUACUCCUGAACCUCAACCAGAGCCUGAACCAACAGCGACAACCGCUAAACAUCAAACGGACCAUCCUCAUCCUCAUCCGGAACCAGAACCUGAGCCUCAUCCUCAUCCAGAGCCAGAGCCGGAGCCUGAGCCAGAACCGAGCUCACGAGUCACAGGCCCUGUGCCUGAACCUGAGCCAGCGAUCAAAUUUGACAACAUUCAAUCAGAAGAUUACGGAGAAGUUGUAGAACUGAAAAACCAGCCGGAUGAACUCGACACUGAGGUGAUUGAACAACUGGUCGACAGAUUCCUCAACACUGGUUCACUCACGGACAAAAAUGCUCCGAAAUCUGCUAAUCCUGCUGCUCAAGCACUUGUUGGUAGCAGCAGCUAUUGGAAUACAGAGGGUCUUAAGGAGCCAGGCUCAAUCAAGGACGAAGCAGCUCUCAGAGAAUGGAUUCAAGGAUAUCAAACUGAAGCUCAAAAGGUACUCAAAGAGGUAGCUGCCGCCGGUUGGAAGUACUUCAGUCAUGCAUCGCCUGGAGCAAAGCAGAGUUUGAACGAAGCCGAACAGGUUCUAUCGCGAUUCGUACGGUCGACAUCAAUGCAGGCAAAGCAGUUCGAUUUGGAGUCGGUCACCGAUCCAGAUCUGAAACGUCAACUUAGUUAUGUAUCUUUCGAAGGAAUGUCGGCUUUAUCGCCAGCCGAUUACACAGCAUUUAAUCAAGCACAAAACACUUUGAACCGUGAAGCAACCGAUGUCACCAUCUGCGAUCUCGAUGUGCCACCUCCAUGUGCUUUGAAGAGAAUCGAUCUUGAAUCGAUAUUCCGAACUGAGAAGGAUGGCAAGCGGCUUUCUCAUCUUUGGAUUUCGUACCUUACACAACUGGCGAAGGAAAAGCCUACCUAUCAGAAAUUGAUCGCAUGGACUAACAAAGGUUCGUCAAAGAGAAUCGAUCUUGAAUCGAUAUUCCGAACCGAGAAAGAUGGCAAGCGACUCUCUCACCUUUGGAUUUCGUACCUCACACAAUUGGCGAAGGAAAAGCCUACCUAUCAGAAAUUGAUUGCAUGGACUAACAAAGGAGCUAAAGCAAACGGUUUCCCUGAUGGAGGAGCAAUGUGGCGAAGUGCUUUCGAUUUGUCCGGAAAGAACACUCCACAUGUUGUCGAUAUUAAAGAUCAAAUCGAGCAAAUUUAUAAAAAAAUCGAGCCACUUUAUAAACAAAUACAUUCCUAUGUCCGACGACAGAUUGCUGGCAUUUACUCAAAUCCACCUGGUAUCAGCAAGAACGGAGCAAUCCCAGCACAUUUAUUCGUAAUCAAGGAUUCCACUCAACACCAUGCGUUUCGUAAUUAUCGAUCAAUUUUUAUCUUGUGGCUCAAAUUGGCGGCUUUCCAAGCUUACCGCUACUUCAAAUCGAUAGGGUUCCCUUCCCUGCCGAAGACGUUCUGGACGAAUUCGCACUUUGCCCGAGUCUGGAGUCGUGACAUGAUUUGUAAUCCUCCAGCCGCUCUCGACAUGAGGGACGGUAGCGAUUUCAGGGUGAAAUCAUGCGCUCAGUUAGGCAUGCCAGAUUUCGAACUGGCUCAUUCCCUCAUGGCACAAGUGUACUAUCAGUAUCUCUACAGGCAACAGCCACUUUUGUUCAGGGAACCAGCAUCUUCAUCGAUCAGUGACGCGAUCGCCAGAGUCUUUGCACAUUUAUCGACAAAUCCCCACUAUCUGUACUCACAGAAACUAGUCACCGCUUCACAUCUGGACAUCAAGGACUCUUUGAUCGUUAACAAACUUUACAAGGAGGCUCUCGAGAACUUUGUCAAAAUGCCAUUCGAUAUCGUGGCUGACAAUUGGAGAUUCGAGCAAUUUGAAGGCAAAAUUACACCUGCCAAGAUUAACGAUCGAUGGUGGGAACUUCGAACAAAAUAUGAAGGAAUCAGUGCGCCUGAACCCUACAACUCAUCCAACUUGGAUGCGCUCAUGCACACUGCAAUUUCUCAGGUUCACUCGCCAGCCAUCAAGACUUUGAUUAGUUACGUAGUGCAGUUCCAAAUUCUGAAGUCAAUAUGCCCUACUGGAACUGUGUUGAGUGAAGGUUGUAUUCUCUCGGAAGUCACCACAGAGAAGCUUCGCGAAGUUAUGAAGAAGGGAUCGUCGAUCACAUGGUUACAAGCGUUGGAACAGAUUACCGGAUCUGCUCAACUUGAUGCUUCCCCACUACUGGAGUACUAUGAACCAUUGGCUGACUGGUUGCGGAAUACCAACGAAAUUGAUCAGACCGUACUUGGCUGGGAUGGUGAUGGCACCCCCUUUAGCGCUGAAGAAAUCCCGAAGCCUAGAGCUGGUAUGGACAGUGGCAGCGGUAUUCUCAGCGAGGAUCGGGUAGCAUUCCCAGGUGGCCUUUGUGCGAAUGGACAAGAAUGCCUCCUGGAUUCACACUGUAACGGAACAGUAUGCGUAUGUAAUGAAGGAAUGUACACGUUAGAAAUCGGCGCUACUGUAAACUGCGUCCCAGGAAAUCCGGCUGAUAGCGGCUUCGGCGAUGGAAAGGGUGGACUGGUGAUCGGACUGUUCUCAUCGGAGACGACGCCAAAUCCUGAGCCAGAGCCAACGACUUCUACAAAUCCUUCCUCUCAACGGCCGGUGUCGUUAACAUCAACGUAUUUGAUCAUUCCAUCGCUUUUGUUUGCAACUCUGGUUUACCUAUUGUAA